GUUUUAAUUUUUCUCUUGAACAUACCACUAAUAUGGCACAAAAGCUGUCACCUGGAGCCAAGAGAUUGCGAACUAUAAUUGUCACUGUGCCCUUCAUUGUCACGACUAGCUACAUUCUUUAUAAGCGACUUGUCCUCGGAGAGCAACCUCGCGUGAACGAUGGCAAGCCCGUGCGACCAAAGGGCGUUUGAAUAUCUAUUUCACACUACAUUGUAAAUUGUAUUUUUGGUUGCUUAAUACUCGAUUUUUUAUAAAAAAUGAUGCUGGUCGGAUCGAAGCGUAGAUGCAUGGCA